AUGUCCGUAUCUUUGUCAGCCAUGAUGUUGUUGAAAUUGGCAACCAGCUUUAGGCCUACUCAGUGAUGGCGACUUGCUGUUGAUAUGGGGUUAAAGCUUCAUUAAACCUUGGUUAUGUCGACACCUUGACGCUAAAAUGGACGAGAAAGAAGCAGACGACAUUUUGCUUGGUACUAGCUUCGAUGAGGGUCCAUAUACCAGGGAUCUGCGCUUGGCAGCACUGCCAAAGGCAGCAAGACAGUCCCUCAUUAGAUACGACCGUGAUAGUGAAGAUGCUAAAGGAGCAGCCGCCAUAGAAAUACAGAGAUGCUGGAGGGGCUAUCGUGGAAGAUGUAACCUGCAUCAGACGUUGAAUCCGAAGGUCAGUAAGACGGCUGUAUACAGUGGCAGCAUGCACCACACUACCAGGGAAGAGGAGGAAUUUUUGGAAGGGGAGGGAGACAUGGAGGGCCCUCCUAGUACAGACAAGAUCCGAGGGUUCUACGAGAGUUACCUGUCAGAAAUGGAGGAGCAAGGAACAAGUUCUUCAGAACUUCAGAAGUUUGAGCAGUUCUGUGCCAACUUCAUCCAGCAAUGGUGGCUGUCACAGCAACAGAAGAAUGCUGAGGUUGCAGCCCCAAGUCCACCGCCGCCACAGAGUAUAGCUGUAGUACAACCACCGCCUCCACCACCACCCAAGCGUAAGAGGGAGUUUUUGUCAGAGAGGCAGGCAGCAGUCAUCAUACAGAAGGCUUGGAGACGACAUAUAGACAUACAAGUAUACCAAUACUACAGAGACCUCAUCAAUUUCAAGUCACGAGGAAACCCCAGUCUCAUGCUUCGCUGUAUCAACCCAAAUGAGUCCAAGUAUCUGGACGCUGCCUCUGGUGUCCAUGUCAAGUUUCGAUUGGCAGGGGAGAGAUUCCCACCCAACAUCUACUACAAGAUCUUCACACACAGACCUAUCCAGGACAUGUGUGCCAACAGUCCCAAAAACUACACGUGUGCUACUGUCAAACUACAGAUGGCUAAAGAUGUCCACAGCAGUGUCCGUAAAGGUCCCAGACAAGAUGACAAGUCUGGCUGGUAUCAACGCUCAGAGAAUAAUGGCUGGAGAUUGGUAUCCGAUCGCCUCAUACAUCACAUCAUGUCUGACCCCAUCACAUGGGAAUCGUCAAAUAAAAAAUACCAGUUUAGCCAUGAUAAGCUCCAAAGAAAACAAGAUGUAGAUAAAAGGAAGAAGCUGAAGAAGAUUGACUGGAUGAAGAAAAUGUACAGAGAUGGUAUGCUGAAGGCCAAGUCUGAUGACCCGGAGACUGUGACAUUGAUAGAGGGCGCUGCAGCAGGAAUGGUUGCCACAGUCGAUCAAAUGGGUCCAGAUGCACUAGAGGAUUGGGAGGUAGAUGAACUCCUUGACUGGACUACUAGCCUCAACUUUGAUGAAUAUAUGUCAAAUUGGAAAGAAGUGGCAACAAGUGCUUACUCUGAGAGACAUGUUGAUCAACUCCAGAAAGAUACCACAUAUCCUGUGAAGAAAGACCGUAUCAACCUGUUUACCAGUGCCUUGGAUCCUUACGAAUUCUCUCUGUCUACUGGUCCAUCCCGCUUCCAGUCCACACAACAGUCUCACAACACUCCUACCUCCAGCAUGUCCGGAGCCCGUGUCCAGGCACUAUAGGGCACAGUACUUUAUGUCAAGGAAAGCCUCCUGGAGGAAGACAGUUUGUCUGGAAAUUACUUUGGUGUCAAGGUCAUCUAGAGGUCUUAAGGAAUAAAAAAAAAGGACACUGUGAGUCAUAGUGCCCUGUCACAGAUUGGGGAUUGUAUCGAAGAUCAUAUCCAUAGCUUGUCUGGGCUACUGAGGAAGAUUGUAUCUAUAUCUUGUCUGGGGGGGGGGGGGGGGGGGGAGAUUG